UCACUAAAAAAAAAGAAAAGAUAAACACACACGUUUUUAUUAAAAAAAGUAAAAACAGGAAAAAAAUUUAAAAACCAAAAGAAUAUUUCAACCCCCCAUCGACUCCACUCACAAAUCAACACGAAUCUUAGACGAGAGGCUUCGUAGAUCGUCUUCGGGUCUGUCCAGUUGCAGAAUGGAGUGUCCCGAAGCGGUCGAACGAGGUCGAAAAUUUCGUCUAUUGACUGCAGAAGAGUUACCACAACUUUUGGAUUUUCUGAAGCAGUAUUUACCGGAAGCUUUGAAGUUUCAUCAAACCGUAUUGACUUACAUGAAACAUCGAGUAUGGGAAUUUCAUUUUUACGUUGCCAAUGAAUGGCCAGAGGUUCCGGUUUGUUUGCAUUUUCCAGGGAUGACACUUGCCCCUCACGGUCUGUUUUACGAGAGCGUUGGCGUAUUCUGUCCUAUUGGUCAACUGGAAUUAUUAAGGAUCAUGCAGGACGAGGAUAUUUUAAUCGAUUGGUCAAGACCACUGUACAUUAAUUUUGUUCAUUCGCUAAUUUCCGAUGAACUAAUUCGACUCUACAAUGGCAUUGGAAUAGUCGAGCAGGUUCUUGGCGAUGUCUGGUCCUGUAAGAAUAUCAAAAAUAUUGAAAAUAUUGAGAAUUUUGAAGAUGAAUCUGUACCUGCAGAAUCACAGGUUCUUCCUUUAAAACCGGAGCAUGCGGAAUGCAUCCACGAUUUGUAUCCUGCCAAUGACAUGGAAUGUCAAGAGGUGUUUCUAAGACUCAUUAGGAUUUUACCAGGUGCCGGUGUUUUCGUUAAUGGAAAACUCGCCGCCUGGAUGGUGCAGUCAUAUUAUGGAGCAAUGUUUUCCAUGCAAACCAAACCCGAACACCGAAGAAAAGGCUAUGGAUUACGACUAGCAAAAUACCUGACGAAAACAGUCGCCGACCGCGGCUACAGUCCAUUCGUUGUGAUACGUCCAGAAAAUGAAGCGAGUCAAAGUCUCUAUAGAAAAUUAGGAUUCAACAAAUUUUAUCAAAUGGUGCGAAUGACAUUUAUACCGGACACGUGGCGACAAUUGUACGGAGCAAAUUCGAUAUUAAAAGGAAAUUUAGAAAGUGCAGUUAGACAAUUAACAAUCGAACAAAGGAUAAUAGAUGUAUUUCAAAAUGACGAGAAUGGAAAGAAUGAUGAGCAUAACGACCACCACGACCACGACGAUAACAAUGACGAUCAAACGACGAACGAAAAAUGUGAGGUAAAACAGGAAUUGGACAGCUUAGGUAAUGGAGAUGAUUAUAAUAAUCAUAUUAAAGAGCAUGUGUAAAUGAGAAAAGAAGAAAUUUGUUUUAUGAACAAUUUACAGAAUCUCAGGAGUGCGAGAAGUUUAAAAGUGCGAGAAGUAUUGAAUUUGCAUAUUAUAAAAAAAAACAGAAUCAGACUGAUAUAUAGACAAAAAAAAAUACAAAAAAACAAAAAAAAAAAUAAUUCAAAAUGUCGAUGAAACGGUGAUAUCCAACUCUACCAAAAUAAUCACGCAUUCUGCUUCUCUGCACCAAACUCUAAAAAAAAAUAUGUAGAAUUGUAAAACUCGGUGA